AUGUGGCCCAAGUCCGGUGGUGUCCCACCGAACUACAAGAUACGUAAGGCUCGCACUAAAGGAUGUGUUCCCGACAACGUGGGGAUCCUUCGCCUUUGGGCCGUCGGUUUGAAAUGGGGUGUGACCCUUAGCUUUAAGGAUUUCAUUUACCUCUACGACUUGGCUUGUGUUAAGGGGGAAAGUCACUAUUUCUUUUUUACUUUUGGGUCUGGUAAAAAGGUAUUUAGUUGUAAGCCCACUUCCAGCAAGUACUGGAAAAACCAACCUCCCUUAAUCACUGGGGAGUGGGCGGCGCCUAAGAUGUUUAACAUGCCUAUCUCGUUGGCGUUUGGCCGAAAACCUGGUCUAACAAACCUCUUUUUUGGCAGUACUUCCUUCGGACAAAAGACUUGUUCAAAGACAUUUGUUCCGUCGACGUUGAACUUUGUUGCAGAGGAUUCAACGUCUCUUAUCCAGGCCAGCUUUCAAGAAAGGGAGGUUGAGUUAGCUCAACACAACAGCUCUGAGCACUGCGUAUCCGGGUUUGAGUCUGAUCAGUCAGAUAUGUCAGCGCCAUGCUCAUUGUCGAUCCCGGGCCAUAGGGAAAGGAGACCGGGAAAAGAGCCCAAGCUCUCCGGGUUUGCGAAGAAGUCUCGCCAUGCUUCACAGGUCGUUUUGGGUUUGGGCUCACCCAAUGUAUUCGCUUCGAGUACUCUGUCCCGACCUCAGCAAGUCCCUCGUGCCCCCACUCCUGUUAGCUCACUAGGCGAGAACGACUUCACGACCAUAAUUGACGAACAUAUGUGGGGCUACCAAUCACAGUGCUUGAACGCGAUGAUUGGAAUUCGCAAAGCGCAAAUGGCGAGGUUUCAGGCUAUGAGCCGCGAGAUAUGCGAAAAAAGGGCAACCAUCGAACUUAGUGAGAAUCGCAUCAAGGAAUGUGAGACUGAGCUUGAAUGA